UUCCUCCGGAACCAGCGCGGGGAACGAGACGCCUAGCGGGGAGCGCGUCACUCUUGCCUUCCGCCCCUGUUGCUAGGGGCCCUCGCUUGGGGCCUGAUGUUUAUAAACAUUUGUGUGAAGCAAGAAGAGGCAAGAUGACAUCUACAAAACUAAAGAUGAGUAAGAACAAGGACGACGCUCCCCAUGAGCUGGAAAGCCAGUUUAUUCUGCGGCUGCCUCCGGAAUAUGCCUCCACUGUGCGGAGGGCAGUACAAUCUGGAAGCGUCAACCUGAAGGAUAGACUUACUAUCGAAUUACACCCGGAUGGGCGUCAUGGGAUUGUCCGUGUAGAUCGCGUCCCCUUAGCUGCCAAGCUGGUGGACCUGCCCUGCAUCACCGAGAGUUUAAAAACUAUAGAUAAGAAAACAUUCUAUAAGACAGCAGAUAUUUGUCAGAUGCUCGUGUGUACAGUGGACGGUGAUCUCUACCCCCCUCUGGAAGAGCCAACUGUGAGUACUGACCCCAAGGCAAACAAGAAAAAGGACAAGGACAGAGAGAAGAAAUUCAUCUGGAACCAUGGCAUUACUCUUCCACUGAAGAAUGUAAGGAAGAGGCGGUUCAGGAAAACAGCUAAGAAGAAGUACAUUGAGUCUCCAGACGUGGAAAAGGAGGUGAAGCGUCUGCUGAGUACAGAUGCUGAAGCUGUCAGUGUCCGCUGGGAGGUCAUUGCUGAAGAUGAAACAAAGGAAGCAGACAACCAUGGUUCACUCACCGGCUUGGACAUCUCCUCUCCUGGGAUGUCUGGCCACAAGCAGGGCCAUGGCUCAUCGGAACAUGAUGAACUGCGGGAGAUAUUUAAUGACAUCAGCAGCAGCAGUGAAGACGAAGAUGAGAGAGAUCAUCAUGAUGAUGAAGAUUUGAACAUCAUGGACACAGAAGAAGACUUGGAGAGGCAACUGCAGGACAAACUGAAUGAAUCUGAUGGGCAGCAGCAGGAGAACGAGGGAACAAACCAGAUAGCCAUGGGGAUCCAAAAGCAGAUUGACAACCUGAAGGGUAAACUCCAGGAGACCCAGGAACGGAGAAAGCGCCAGGAAGAUCUCAUCAUGAAAGUAGAGAAUCUAGCCCUCAAGACCCGUCUCCAGGCUGUGCUGGAUGAAUUCAAACAGCAGGAAGACCGAGAGAAGCAGCAGCUCACCUCUCUGCAAGAACAACUGGAAUCCCUUAUGGAGAAGUGAGGAGGGCUUUUGAUCAGGGCGGGAGCUAUACCCUCCAAGCAGGCAUAGUGCUGAGAUGGACGCUUCACCCAUGGGUUCUGGAGCCAUCCCCUGUGCUGAAGACCUGACGUUACUGGCAUGACCUCACUGCCGAUAAGCCUACUCCUGUUAAUGUUGGCACUCUGUAUUCUCCUGGACACUGUUUCUAGAGCUGCUGGCUGAUGUUCCUUGUGCUAGACAGUGCAGCCCAAACGAUUAACCUUUGAAGAAAGAAAGGCACUAACCUGCAGUUGGUUCUCUGAGAGCAGCAGAAACACAUGGCUAGUGGUUUAGCUGCACUGCUGGGGGAGAUCGUUCCUUGACUAGUUUGACCCAUCUUUCUCUCAGUGGAAAUCAUUCAUACCUUGGAACACUCCUUCAAAGGCACUUUGCUUCCCGACAGGCUAAUCCACAGCACUGUCGCUCUGGGUCACCUUAGCUCAUGGUGCCAGAAAGCUGUGCUGAGCAAAGGGCAGGAAUUAACCCCACAUGCACUGCGCAGGUCUGGAGGAGCAGAGCCAGGUCAGUGCAUCACCUGGUUGUUGCUAUCUGAGCCUGCAAAGCAGCAUUCCCUGAGCGGGGCAUGUGCUUCCUUAACAGACUUUCUGACGGGUCUGCGGUGUUGGGAGUUUGUGCCCAUGCUUGGGGAACAUCUGCUUGAACAAAACUGGAAUGAAUAAAGUGUAUGUGUUUCCAA